AUGGAUAGUAAGAGUAACACUUCUCCUCUCCUCAUCUACCCAACAACAACCUCAACAACCAACACGAUGUGUGGCAGCUACUAUGGAGGCUGUGGCUACGGACGCUGUGGCUAUGGAGGCUGUGGCUACGGAGGCUGUGGCUACGGAGGCUGUGGCUACGGAGGCUGUGGCUAUGGAGGCUGUGGCUACGGAGGCCUGGGCUGUGGCUAUGGCUCCAGCUAUGGCUGUGGCUUCCGCAGACUGGGCUGUGGCUAUGGCUGUGGCUCUGGCUGUGGCUACGGCUAUGGCUCCCGCUCCCUCUGUGGCUACGGAUGUGGCUCUGGCUGCGGCUCUGGCUUUGGCUGCUACUAA